GGAAAUGCGGAGUGAGUGAGUGUAAGAGUGUGUGUGAGAGUGUGUGUGUGGUGAUCCUCAUCAUCAUGGAGUCGUCUCCUCAGCUCUUCAGCAGAUAACUCUCCCUCUUCGCGUGUUUAGAAGUGUGUGUGUGUGUGUGAGUGAGCUCCGUCUGGACAUGUACAAGGAGUUAGCGCUGUGUGUUAGCGCCGAGCGCGCGCACUGAGAGAUGGACCGAAGCCGCUUCGCGUGUGUGUGUGUGUUUCUGCUGCUGUGUGUGAGCGGACAGUGUGAAGGAGGGAGCUCUGUCACUCUUCCUGAGUCACUGCUCUUCGUCUCCACACUCGAUGGGAGUCUGCACGCCGUGAGCAAACAAACUGGCGACAUCAAAUGGACUCUGAAGGAAGAUCCAAUCAUCCAAGUUCCAGUUUAUCUGCAAGAACCAGGGUUCCUCCCAGACCCUAACGACGGCAGCCUGUACGUGUUAGGAGACAAACACAAGCAGGGUCUGAUGAAACUUCCUUUCACUAUACCAGAGCUGGUUCAGUCGUCUCCCUGCAGGAGCUCAGACGGCAUCCUGUACACAGGUAAAAAACAGGACAUGUGGUUUGUAGUGGAUCCUCACACGGGUGAGAAACAGACGAGUUUAAGCACGGCGUCCUCCGAUUCCAUCUGUCCGUCGGCUCCUCUCCUUUACAUCGGACGCACAGAGUACAUGAUCACGAUGUUCGACACAAAGACCCAGGAGCUGCGCUGGAACGCCACCUAUAACGAUUACUCAGCUCCUCUCUACGACGACCAGAAAUAUGACUACAAGAUGUCCCACUUCGCCUCGAGCAGCGACGGCCUGGUGGUGACGGUGGACCGCGACUCGGGCGACAUGCUCUGGAUGCAGAAGUUCGAGUCCCCCGUGGCGGGGGUGUACCUGUGGAUUCAGGACAGGCUGCAGCGUGUGCCUCACCUCACCGUCGCCACGGAAACGCUGCGCUAUCUCACCUUCAUGGCGCAAAACAGUCACUCGCACACAAUGAGGUGGACCUACCAGUUUACCCAGGAGCACCAGAGCACCACCAAAACCCAGCUUGUUCCCUCUCUGUAUGUAGGGAAGAUGGAUUCUCACCUGUACGCCUCCACCUCUCUCGUCCAUGAAGGAGUUCCUGUAGUGCCUCACAGCCUCACACUGGCACGUAUCGAGGGGCCGACUACAGCGGGCGUGACGGUGGGGAACGGGCGGGGCGAGUGUGAGAUCACGCCCAGUACUGAUGUCAAGAUCCCACCAGGAAGCACCAACCCGCUGCAGAACCAGUGGCUACUGAUAGGCCAUCAUGAAGUUCCCCCUGUGGCCCACACCACCAUGCUGAGGGAGUUCCCAGAGAACCUGCAGCGCUCCGGUGACGUCAUCCAUCCUCGAGGCUCAGGUUCGGCGUAUCGACCCGGAGCUCACCCUAUGCCUCCAGUCACACGUGAAAAUUCGUUCCCCACGUUUCCGGACUCUUUGACCUCCGACCCGGUGACCUCAUUCCUGGUGACGCUGCUGCUUGCCACGCUACUCGUCUUCUUGUUCACCUACAAGCGGGUCAAAAACCCCCAGACGAGACCCGAGGAGGAGGCGGCAGGUUCCAGACCCGUGAUAGACCACAGCAGUCAGACGAGUCAGGUUUCAUCCACAGGAAAUGACAUCACCUUGUCGUCAGAUUACAGCAACCAGUCGGACCGCAGCAGUUCGGUCUCGUCCAAUCAAACCCGGCCCCGCUCCGGCACUCAGGACUCCGCCUUUGUGCCGACGUCAAACUUUUUCAGAGAGUCAGAGGAUCCGCAGCCUGAUGUGGUGGAAGUAGGCAAAAUCUCCUUCAGCCCAAGUGAAGUGCUGGGACACGGGACAGGGGGGACCUUCGUCUUCAGAGGUCAGUUUGACGGGCGUCACGUAGCAGUGAAGCGCAUCCUGCCCGAGUGUGUGGAGUUUGCCGAGCGUGAGGUUCAGCUGCUGCGCGAAUCAGACGAGCAUCCCAACGUCAUCCGCUACUUCUGCACCGAGCGCGACCGCCAGUUCAUCUACAUCGCCAUCGAGCUCUGCGCCGCCACCUUACAGCAGUACGUGGAGGACCCGAGCGGCCCGUACGCCAGCCUUGACGCCGUGACUCUGCUGGAGCAGACCAUGUGUGGACUCAACCACCUUCACUCGCUUAACAUCGUUCACAGAGACCUGAAGCCUCGCAACAUCCUGCUCUCGACCCCGGGAGCGCUCGGCCGGGUGCGAGCCGUCAUCUCAGAUUUCGGCCUUUGCAAGAAGCUUCCAGACGGCCGGCACAGCUUCAGCCUGCGCUCGGGAAUCCCAGGAACGGAAGGAUGGAUCGCUCCGGAAUUACUCAACGGGGACGAGAAGGGAAACCCUACGAGUGCGGUGGACGUGUUCUCCGCAGGCUGUUUGUUUUAUUAUGUGGUAUCCGGAGGACAGCAUCCGUUUGGAGACACGCUGCGGCGUCAGGCUAACAUCCUCUCCGGAGUGUACAGUCUGGAGAACUUCAUGGAGGAUAUACAGGAGGACGUCAUUGCCAAAGAUUUGAUCGAGAUGAUGAUCAGCGCAGACCCUGAGUCGCGCCCCUCCACUGCCUCCGUUCUCAAACACCCGUUUUUCUGGCGGCCAGAUAAACAGCUGCAGUUCUUUCAGGAUGUGAGCGAUCGUAUAGAAAAGGAGCCGGCGGAGAGCCCUAUCGUGGUCCGUCUAGAGAGCUUGGGCCGAUCUGUGGUCCGAACCAACUGGAGAAUGCACAUUUCAGUGCCCCUACAGGCCGAUCUGAGGAAGUUUCGCACAUAUAAAGGGAACUCAGUCAGAGACCUGCUUCGAGCAAUGAGGAAUAAAAAGCAUCAUUACCACGAGCUUCCCCCUGAGGUUCAAGCAUCGCUUGGUGACGUCCCAGAAGGCUUUGUAGCGUAUUUUACCUCGCGCUUCCCGCGGUUACUGCUGCACACACACACUGCAAUGAGGAUCUGCGCUCCGGAGAGACCGUUCCAAACGUAUUACCACAACUAAACACACACACACACACACAGAGACAUGACACACCACUACUGCAGACAGAGAGGAUGUGGAUCAGGAUUAACAACCUGAUUUCUUCAGAAGUCUUUAGGAAGCGGUCUUAUGGACACAGAGCGUCCCAGGCCUGAGGAGGACGGUCCGGUCUGGUCCGGUCCGAGCAAGAACUCGAGCGAGUGGAUGAAACUGUGCAGACGGUUGUGUUUGACGUUAAGCAUUAUUCAGCCUUAAUAAGCUCUGGGGUGCACAGGGACGUAACUUCAGAGCGCACCGAGGAGUGUGUGUGUGUGUGUGUGUGUGCUGUUCCUCAGCUUUAAUCGUCAUGGAAACGUCCCUCUGAGGCUUUAAACCACUAAACCCCUGAUGGGAAAUCAGGAAAACAACUUUGCUUUUAAAACACUCAGGUUGUUCGGAUGAAGCGCUAACGCGACCGCCCAUGCUAGCUACGCCUUACUAGCGCUACAUGUUUUUUUUAUGCUUUAACUUUAUUUUUUAUUCACAGACUGAAUAUGAACAAACAUGUUCUUAAAGUAAUGUAUUUAUUUUAGUACUUUACCUCCCUCUCUCACACACACACACACACACACACACACACUAGUCUGUAAAACCUGAUCAUUUUACACUAAUGAAAGUGAAUCCAAAAGUUCACAACUGAACAGUUUAAUCAUGGGGAAAAAGUAAUGGCACCCUAUAAAAGAAAGAAGUGUGUGUGAGAGAUCACUGACUUACUGCAGUAGUGAGGUUAGAAGGAGUACUCUCACAUUUUAGCCAUUUUGUCUUUAUUAAUCAGUGUGUGGCUAAAUGGAGAGGUGACAUGAACACACCUUGUGGUUUAAUACUAGUUGCAGUUGAUCAGCUCACACGAGGGAAGGACGUCAGUGUUGGAGUGAACGUGGCCGGAGUUUUGACUUGGGUUUGGCCACAGAAAUGUUCAGCCGUGCACUCCAUUACAUCCUGGAACUGAACACACAUUGUGAAUCCACAAAAUAAAUUAUACAUGAUAAAAAAUAAAUUGAAAAAUGAUUCACAAAUACAAAAUGUUCAGAAAGUUUCUCUGCUCUUUUAAAGACAAUUUGAAUGUAACUUCUCGCCUUUGAUGUUCAGGAUUCAAAUGUAACUUCUUGUCUGUGAUGUUUGAUGCACCGGUCAUUACUGUGAAGCAGG